AUGGAACCUGCCAGGACUGGAACCCCGGCUGCUCUGAUGGGUGGCACCACUAUGGUGGUGUCCAUGGUGUUGCCUGAGCGUGACUGCUCCCUGCUGGACGCCUACGAGAAGUGCCGCUCCCUGGCCGACGCCAAGGCCUGCUGUGACUACGCCCUGCAUGUGGGCGUGACCUGGUGGGGCACCAAGGUGCGUUCGGAGAUGGAGGCCCUGGUCCGCGAGCGCGGGGUCAACUCCUUCCAGAUGUUCAUGGCCUACAGGGACACCCUGAUGCUGAGGGACUCGGAGCUGUACCAGUCUCUCCAGACCUGCAAGGACAUCGGGGCCAUCGCACGCGUCCACGCGGAGAACGGAGAACUGGUGGCUGAGGGAGCCAGAGAAGCCCUGGAUCUGGGCAUCAGUGGACCAGAGGGCAUUGAGAUCAGCCGUCCAGAGGAGGCAAAGGCGGAGGCUACUCACCGUGCCAUCACCAUCGCCAACAGGGCCCACUGCCCAAUCUAUCUGGUGAAUGUAUCCAGUAUGUCAGCUGGGGACAUGAUCUCUGCUUCCAAGAUGCAGGGUAAGGUGGUCCAUGCUGAAACCACGGUGGCCCAUGCAGUGCUGAAUGGGAUGCAGUAUUACCACCAGGACUGGGCCCACGCUGCUGCCCACGUCAUGGCUCCGCCCCUCCGCCUCGACCCCAACACACCCAACUACCUCAUGGGGUUACUGGGCAAUGACACCGUGAGCGUGGUGGCGUCCGAGCACCGUCCCUUCAGCACCAAACAGAGAGCGCUGGGGAAAGAGGACUUCACCAAGAUACCCCACGGAGUGGCAGGGGUACAGGACAGGAUGAGUGUCAUGUGGGAGAGAGGAGUGGUUGCAGGUAAAAUGGAUGAGAACAGGUUUGUUGCUGUGACGAGCUCAAACGCUGCCAAGAUCUACAACCUGUACCCCCGCAAGGGCCGCAUCAUCCCAGGGGCUGACGCUGACGUGGUCGUCUGGGACCCCGACGCGACAAGGACCAUCUCAGUGAGCACACAGGUCCAGGGUGGAGACUUCAACCUGUACGAGGGUCUGCGUUGUCAUGGCGUUCCUCUGGUAACCAUCAGCCGUGGUCGCCUGGUGUGUGAGAACGGGGUGUUCAUGUGUGCAGAGGGUUCUGGAAAGUUCUACCCCCUCCGCACAUUCCCUGACUACCUCUACAAGAAGAUGGUUCAGCGAGAGAAGAGCCAGGCUUUGAAGGGGAUUGACCGGGACCCCUACUCUGGUGACAUUGCCAAGGUAGCCAGUGUCAGUAAGAAGGAGCUGGGGCCAAUCAUAGAUGGAGACGGAGACGUGACUAAGCCCUGCGCCCGACACGCGGGGGUGCGAGAUCUGCACGAGUCCUCCUUCAGCCUCUCAGGCUCCCAAGUGGACGACCAUAUCCCCAAGAGGUCCUCAGCCCGCAUCCUUGCCCCACCUGGCGGACGAUCCAGUGGCAUCUGGUAACCAUGGACGCUGGAAUGCCAGUUGUCCGAGCCUUGGGGCCGAAGUUUUUGUACAUUUCUGAGCAACCAGAAAAACUGCACUGAUUUUCUACCACAGGGUUAGACUAAGAGGGGAAAAUAAAUCCACUAGUAAGCACUGUUACGUCUUGUUGACAAAUCUAAUUCACAAUGAGUAAUUUGUGAUAUCUAUGAAUCUUAAUUGGAGUGACUUAAAACUGAGUGAUAGAGAUGGUUUAUAAGAGAGUAGAAUGAGUUAAUUAACAGGUGAUGUUUAACCUAAACUGAUAUGAUCUUACAAAAUGUAAUCAACUUAAGUGCUGCUCAUUGUCUGAUAUUUACCUAAAGCAACUUCUGUGACCGGAUAAAACCAGUACAGUUUUUGAUGUGUUGAUCGAAUUGGUGUUGACUGGAAUAGAUAAACAAUGGUAGAAACCGAAUCCAGUAAAAUAUCUAUAUCCCCUUUUAAACGCACAUUAACACACACACUUACACACGCACACACACAAGCACACAUUGGUGCACAAUGCAUAAUCACAGACACAUCAUCGCUUUAGAUUAGUUAGUACAAUUUGCUUCUCCUUGUUUCCAUGGAAAACCCUAGUUUCUGUCUGUGAUGUCCCCACCCCUGUGGCUGGUUUCCUGGUAUGUACGACUUGCUUUUAAAAGUGGUGUUAUAUCAUCACAAACCGUGCUGUGUGGUGAUGAAAUCCAACUGCCUAAACACUCUGACAACAGAUGGUGGGGUCUUAGGUUAGGGGAAAGCUGAUCUCCCUACCUCCACAGCCACUCCCAGAUAACUGAACACUACUGCUCCAAGACUCAGCCCCAACCUGACACAGCCCAGCCCUGCCCACACCUGAUUAGGAAAGAACGAAGGGAUAAUGCAAGGGUGGAAGAAGGAAUACGAGGGAUAAAGGACAAGUCCAUUAAGGGUCAGUUGGUAGUGUAAUGAUAGUUAAAAGGGACGCCCUGAGAAUUUUCUCCGCCCGGCAAGAAAGAUUGAGCUGCACUGUCUCACAAACACUAAUGAUUCCACCCUUUCACUAUUAGUCCUUUCACCGCGUCUAUUGAUGUGUUUCAUUGCUGACCAACAGUGUUAUAUUUAUCCAUCAUGUGUCCUUGUGUAUUUAGAAUGUAUUGUUUUUUAAACUGAUGGAGCAUUUGUGCCAACACGAAUCACCUAUGCCACACUUCCGUGCAGGUAUAUCAACCGGUGCUGUUUUUUUAUCAUUAUUUUUUUUAUCGUUGCAACCUUUAAUCUUUUUAUUGUUGGAUGGUUCCGUUGUUUUGAAGGCACUGUUACUGGUAAAUGACUGUGUGUCCAUGUAGAGUUGUGUUGGACAGUGAACCUAUUGAAUCUGUACGUGGCUGCUUGUUUCUUAACAUACGGAUGAUUGAAGAAUUAAAGCCUGAAAAAACACA